CGUUGGCCCGGACGUGGCACUCGGCAGUAGCCCUGUGUGGAAAUCAGAGAAAACCGACCAAACGUUGCUUGUGCUGUGGCUAAUAUCAGUGCUCUUUUUCUAGACUCAAACAUCCUUGGCCAGUUAUGGGGCUCACCAUCUCGUCGAUCUUCAGCCAGCUCUUUGGCAAAAAACAAAUGCGGAUUUUGAUGGUUGGGCUGGAUGCUGCCGGGAAAACGACUAUCUUGUACAAAUUGAAGCUGGGUGAAAUUGUAACCACCAUCCCAACCAUUGGUUUCAAUGUAGAGACUGUAGAAUACAAAAAUAUCAGUUUCACUGUAUGGGACGUGGGUGGCCAGGACAAGAUCAGACCCCUCUGGAGACAUUACUUCCAGAACACACAGGGCCUCAUCUUUGUAGUGGACAGCAAUGACCGUGAAAGAGUGGCAGAGUCUUGUGAAGAGCUCUCAAAGAUGGUAGGAGUUUAAUAUGUUCGGUUCAGAAUGGACUGCAACGCAAUAAUAGUUUUCUGUAUGCUGUGUUGAAUCGUAAUUUGACAUUGUCAUAACAUGCAGAGUAGCUGUCUCAUACUGUGAUGAGGUUUAAUCAGAACAAACAAUAUUGUUCCUUCCUCCUGGCACAUGCGGAACGACAUUCCCACGCCAGUUUUAACAGAGUCUCAUUAUGUUUUUUCACUGUCAAUGGAUGACAAU